ACUGGGUGUUUUACUUUUGCUCCACUAUGCAGUAUAUGGUGGGACAAAAGUCAUAUUGCAUCAAAACAGAUGGCCAGGACACCUGGGCACGCCGCAAAGAUAAUGGAUCUUGGAUCUAGAAUGAAAGAUUUGGACCCCAAGUCUAUCCAGCGCACCGAACUAGUGGAUGUUAUGGGAGUCCCUUUGUUCACCGAAAUUUCAGAAAUUUGGGGUUCCAUAUGGGAUUUUCAAGCCAAGCCUGAUGAUCUUCUUAUCUGCACUUACCCAAAAGCAGGGACCACAUGGCUUCAGGAAAUUGUGGCCAUGGUUCAGUCUGAAGGGGAUCCCCAGAAAUGUGAUCAGGCUCCUAUCUAUAAUCGAAUACCCUUUAUAGAGAUGAUUCAUCCCGUCCUGUCAGGCUUGAAAGAGGCAGAGGCAAUGCCUUCUCCACGCACACUCAAAUCUCACCUUCCGGUUCAGCUUCUGCCUCCUUCCUUCUGGGAACAGAAUUGCAAGAUAAUUUAUGUGGCCAGGAAUGUCAAGGACAAUGCAGUCUCCUACUUCCACUUCCACCGCAUGGACCAGGAGAUGCCAGAGCCAGGAACCUGGGACCAAUUUCUAGAGAAUUUCAUUGCUGGGAAGGUCUGUUGGGGCUCUUGGUUUGACCAUGUCAAAGGUUGGUGGGAAGCCAAGGACCGACAUCCGGUUCUGUAUCUCUUUUAUGAAGACAUGAAAGAGGAUCUAGCCCGUGAAAUCCGGAAGGUGGCCGAAUUCCUGGGCAUAGAGCUCCCAGAACCAGUCCUGAACCGGAUUGUGCAGCACACAACAUUUGACAACAUGAAAACCAAUCCAAUGGCUAAUUACAGCACCAUACCUCCUUCUUUCAUGGAUCCAACCGUGUCAACGUUCAUGAGGAAAGGCACUGUGGGAGACUGGAAGGAACAUUUCACAGUGGCUCAAAGUGAGUGCCUAGAUGAAGUCUGUGCCCGAGAACUGGAGGGCAGCAACCUGACCUUCCGCACGCAGCUGUAAACACAUUUCCAUGUCCCUCAUGGAAAUUUUCACCGAAACAUGCCAGUGUCACAGAAAUAUGCAUUACAGCACAUUAUGUUCAGUGAUACAUACGUAUUCUGGUGAACUCUGUAUGAAUUUUGCUUGUAUUUUUUUCUAGAACAACCCUAUAAAUAAUUUUGUAAUAACAAGCAGCCUCCUUAAAGGAGUGAAGCUGUCUCAGGUCUUAAUCUAAGGCCUGAAAGCUGUUCAGGGUUUAAGAUAAAAUCUUUAGUCUGUUCAGUGGACACAGAUAACAAUCAGUUACACCAGCACUAUAGAUGCGGCCUACAUUCAAAAAAAUAAAUUAUGAAGCCACAAGUA